AUGAAUAGUUAUAUCUAUAUAACCAUCACUAAUAAUCAACCAAAUAUGAAAUCAUUUAUCGGUUUAGCUUUAAUGGCGGUGUUGUGUUCGGUCGAGUUGAGCCAAGCGGCCGCUCCGAUAACCAAUACGCUAAAGGUUACGGACAAAAACCAUCUAAAGAAAGAUGAUCGUGAUACCGAGUUCAUCUGUGAAUUUACCACUACCGAAACAGUUGUUAGAGUUGGCAUUUACAAAGAAAGUGUUCCCUACCCUAUAAUCGAAGUAACUGUUGCAGGAACCACAUUCACCAAGAUUGAUAGCAAAAUUAAUACUGCUACUUGCGAUUUUAAUAAUAAAGAUCUUCAUAAAGCUACAUUUAGUGUAAAUAAACUUGACGCACCCGCACUCGAGGGUAAUUAUUUUUGCAAAGUGACGAUCGAUGCGGAUUAUCCAUCUUCAGCUGUUACCGUUUACUCUGAAUCAGAAAUCGCUACGUUCGACGUGACUGUAAAGGACGCGUUGAAAGACAGGUCGACUGAGUUCAAUACCGGCGGCCAAUUGGACGGCGCGUGCGCUUACGAUAUACCCGUCGGCGAGACGCUUACCAAAUUGGAGAUCUUAAGCGCCGAUAGAGUGAUCGCCACCGCCAAUAAAGAGUUACAAUUCACUUAUCCUAAAUACGAUGGUUUUACCGAUGUUUUGGCCAACAAUGACGCGGCAAGCAGCAAGGUGGUUUUUACUGUCAAGGAAUUGACCGACAAAAGUGCCGGAGAGUACAGCUGCAGGUACACUGUUGAGGACGGAUCCGUAAUUAAAAUUACCAAGGUCAUUGUCUCCAAUGUAAUUAUGGUUACGCACGCCGGCGACCCGACAAUUACAGGAGUUAUGCUAACCAUUGCAGACAAAAAUCAUGUUAAAAACGACGACCGGGUAACGAAUUUCGAUUGUACUUUCACCAAAAUCAAGGACCAGGCUAAUAUUGUUGUGAACGUUGUUAAGACUGAUGAGAAACCUGCCUUUACCUUAUUCACUGUCGAUGCAACGGGUUCUACGUUUAAUCAGCUUUCGGGUAGAAUUAUGGUUGCUGAAUUUGACAAAAAUAAUAAAGAUGGUCAAAAAACCAUAUUUACACUUAAGAAAGCGGGUGCGCCCCAACCCAAUGGUGUCUAUCGGUGCGAUGUGCACGCACCAGGGGCCAGUACAGUUUCAUCUAAAACGGUUAUCGUUUACACCAACUCCGGUGGUUAUAAUUCUAAGAACCGAACACAAACAAUACGCCCGCAACUCAAGCAACCGUCGCUCGGGUUUUUCAACACAACGGCCGCUCCCGUAGUGCGACCGCCGCCACCAUUACAGGGACCGCAUCUCAUACCAUAA